AUGAGCCGCUUAAAAAAAUGCCACUGGAUGCAAUAUAAUGAAUAUGACGAAUUAAUCAAAGAGGUUAAAGUAACGUCAAGUUUUCUUACUUACAAUUCAAAAUACAACAUUUUAAAUGAGUCAAUGUUUCAAUUUAGAAGAGAAAAAGCGAUUGAAUUUAUUUUUUUGUCAAAUAAAUUAGAGGAUACAAUUUCAUGUAACGAAUCAGACGCUUAUCGGUUGUUGAAACCUAUAUUUCAAAAUCAUAACAUUACUGAAGAUUCUGAAAGUAAUUUUUCGAAAUGGAAUAUUGACGGUAGCAACGUGGAUACUAUUAAGUUUCAAAUGAUUCAACAUACACUCGCAUUAAAAUUUUUAUGUGAAGAUGUUGAAAAUAAACCUCUGCAUGUUGGUAAAAGGUUAACAACAGAAAUUUUACUAAAAUCUCACGAGAUUUUAAUAAAGAAUGCCAUUGAUGAAAACAACGCAUCAGUACCUUGUGGAUUUCGUAAGUGUUCUGCACAUGCAGGUAACUAUGUUUAUUUAGACAGUAAUUUAAUUGAAGGAGCUGUUUAUAACAGUAUUCAAAAAUUUAAUGAUUCUUUUGAUUGUAACAAAGAUCCAAUUCAAACAGUAAUGGAUUUAUUUUAUGAAAUAUUAACUAUUCAUCCUUUUGCUGAUGGAAACGGAAGAGCUUGUAGACUUCUAGCUGCGUAUGGUUUUAUGUUGUAUGGAACUCCAUUUCCAGUUACACUUACAAGUGGGCACAAAAGAUCUAGAAGACAUUGUAUUCAAUCAAUUUCGUAUGCACGACGACCCGAGGGGGAUCGUUCUUUGUUAUAUUCACUUGCUGCAUUUUCUUUAAGUUUAUCUUGGGCAAACUUUAUGACUCUAAAUAAUAGUUAG